AUGAUUUCCAAUUCAACUAAAUAUCUGUAUAGAAAUCAAGAUAUAAUAAAUGAUGAAGAAAUUAUCAAUAGUCCGGAUAAACAAUCACGAAUCGGACAAAUUUUAAGUCAAUUGGAUAUAAAUGGAAUACUUAAAAUUACCUAUAAUCGUAUAAUGGAUCAGAUAAAAAGUGAACCAAAGAACGAAGAAAAAGCACGUUUUUUAGCUAUCGCUAUAAGCACAUUGAAUCAGACUAUUAUUGAAAGUGGAUAUGGUGGAUCGACAUUUGUUCAAGCAUAUCAUCAACGUUCUAAAUGUAAUAUUAAAAAAGGCAAUUUUGAAGCAGCUUUAUUGGACAUUAACAUUGCCAUCAAAUAUGGUGGUGAAAAUAGAGAACGUUCAUUCACACGAUCAUUAGCUAUUUUCUAUAAGAAUUUAAAACAUUUCAUUCCAUCCAAUUCUAAGUUUCCUGAUUGGAAUGAAAUCCGAACUAACAUAGCGAACAACAACCAUAGCAACAAUAAUCACGAUGAUGAUGAGAAUCGACAGUCAUCAUCGUGGAAAUGUUUAUGGGAUUAUCUAACCAAUGAUGAACUUGUUGUUCAUGAAGAAAAAUGUGAAGAAACAAAUUUAAAAAACUUGCAAGAAUUGUUCGAAUUUCAAUAUAAUUUCAAACUCGAUUCACAUUGUGCUAUUGUUGAUGAUAAGAAAAAAGGAAGACAUUUUAUCUGUGAAAAUUUAAUUCCAAAAGGAACACAAGUUCUAGUUGAACGUGCCUAUAGUUUAGCAUUGGAUAGCCAAUAUCGACAUCAUUUCUGUCUUCAUUGUUACAAAGAAUGUGUUGAUCAUUUUGUGCCGUGUCGAUAUUGUAGAAUGGCCAUAUUUUGUAAUGAAGAAUGUUUCUAUCGUGCUUGGUCUGUAUUUCAUCGUCAUGAAUGUCUUAUUCUUUCAGUUUUCAAUGAUGAUAAAACAUAUAUGGCCAUUCAUAUGUAUCGUAUGAUAACUAGAAUUGGUUUAAAAAAUUUACGUAAUACACCGGAUUUUCGUAUGAAAUCAAGUCAAAAAAAUCGAACAUAUCAAAUGAUGUUGUCAUUGUUGGAUCAUAAUGAAAAAUAUGAAUCAUAUUAUGAUACUAAUUACAUUGGAUUGGCAAUCGAUACAGCAUUCAUUUUACUUAUCAAUAAUAAUCUGAUUAAAAAACAAUCGGAUAAGAGACAAUUUUCUUUACCACAUUGGGCUCAUUUGCCAAAGAUUUCAUUGAAACAAAUCAUCAACGAAAAUGAUAGCAAACAAUCACUCAAUGAAUUGAAUAUUUUCAAUAAUUCUUAUGAUGAUUUUGCACAGCUGAUUGAAAUUCUUCUUUAUAAUAUACGAAAAUUAACGACAAACAUUUUCGCCUGGAAUCAUAUGGGUCCAUUCUGUAAAGGAGGUUGUGUGGCCACUUGUCAAUGUUUAGUUGGUUCAUUGAUCAAUCAUAGUUGCACGCCGAAUGUGGAAUGGGAAUUCCAAAAUGGUUGCAUCAUUUAUACUGCUUUAAGAGAUAUUAUGCAUGGUGAAGAAAUCAAUAAUUCAUAUGGGCCACAUUCAGAAAUUCCAUUUAUACAACGUCAAACAACAAUGGCUCAUAACUAUUAUUUCAAUUGUCGUUGUCAAAUAUGCCGUAUUGAUGUUGAUCAUUAUCCAAAUGUUUUGAAAUGCCAAAAUUGUUCCGGUCCUGUUGUUGUCAUAUUGGAAUCGAUCAUUCCUGCGGAAUGUAUGGAUUGUUGGAAAAUAUGUGAAAAUGCUAUCGAAAAAUUAGAAUAUGUUAAAGGAUGUUUUCAAAAAUUUUUUGCCUUACAAAUGCUUAUUCAAGAUGAUUCCUGUGAUGAUGAUAAUGGUGAAAAAGAUAUCUGGAAAAAUCAAAAUCUAAUGAAAAAUUUUAAAAUUGCAUGCAGUUUACAUGUUCGUUAUGGUAAAUUCGAUAUUGCAUGUGAUUUAGCCAUGCAAAUCAAGGUCAAUAUCGAAUAUAAUAAGGCCAUCGAACAUUAUGAAUUAGGUCAAACAAUGUUGAUGAAUCGAUGUCAAGGUUAG